CAGUAUAACCCCCUCAAGCCUCUGGCGGUCACACAGACGCAAGUGUAAAAGUAGCAGCUCCAACUGUUGCCCGGACUAACCCAUUCAGCAUCCACGUAGUCUGAAGCAGAGGAGUGAGACGGCUCACCGAGCGCGAAGCGGAAAAGUGAGAGAGGUGGAACAUUUACGCACAGCCUUUUUUAUUCCGGAUUGUUUUGGCGCGCCUUUAAAAUCCACUUUGGAUCAACAUUUUUCUGCACCUCUUGGAUUUUGUAUUGAUUUCAGCACUUAAAUGGCAGCUCUGCGUAUGAUUUCCUCGCACCUGUUCCUGUUGAUGUUGAACUGUUUCCUGGGUGCUGCAUCAGUUAAGAUCAUGAAAGGGGUCUCUGGGAGCGCACAGGACAGCAGCUUCCUCCAGCCCUCGUCGGACCCGCUUUUAGAUGACCUGGAUCAGGACAUGGUCUCCCAGCACAUGUCCAAACUGUACGAGAAAUACAACAGGGAAAACCGCCUUAGAGAGGGGAACACUGUCAGGAGUUUCAGAGCCAGCCAAGACUCCUCUGACCACCGGACAGUGUACCGACUAAACCUUACAACCCUCCAGGACUCAGAGGUCAUCCUCUCUGCCACAUUCCACUUCCUGCUCGAUCGGCGCCCCCAUCAGAAACCCUGGUUCUGUAAACGCUUCAAAAGCCCAUCCUGUCGCUCCUCGGCCGUCCACCCUUCUCCGUCCAUCAGCCUGCUCCUUCGCUCUGUCUCCUCCGGGUCAGAGGUCAGAUCUGGGUCAAUGGGGUCACUUCUAGGCAAUGUGACCUUCCACCCCCACAGGAGAGGGGUGUGGCAGAUGAAAGACGUGACCCAGGUCAUAAAGGAGGCAUGGAACAAGGGUCAUCUUCUUGUUUCAGUGGAGCUGGACUUAGAGCAUCAGUACCAGAGGAAAGCAGAGGUGGCACUGUCUGGUGGCAGCCUGCCUUACCUGUUACUGUAUGCUAAUGACCAAGCCUUGGCUGAGCCCAACAGCGUGGCAGCAAGCCUUCAGAGAUAUGACCCCUUCAGCGAGGGAGGAGAGCCCUCACAUUCCUCUCACAGACCUGACUCCUCACCGGAGUCAAAAGGACGCGAAAGAAGGGAUGCAACUCUGCUCUCUGACCCCAUUCAGAACAAUGAGCUGCCUGAGGUUGACUACAGGCCUGAUGUGUACAGGAAAGAUGACCUCUGGGAGAGCACUUGGUAUCUGGCACUCAAACCUAAACCAGGAAGGAAAGAGAAGAAGAGAAAGAGCCAACAGGAAGAAGGAGUAGAACAAGGUAGGGGAGCACAUAGUAAAGAAGAACCUCAGGUUCUCAAAGAAGCAGAACGAACAUCACAGGGGCUCAAACCUGAUGAGUCAACCGAGAAGAAAGUCAAAGCAUCGCUGACUCCCAGUGAUGGCCGAAAGCAUGAGCGGAGACAUGAGGGAAAGGACGGAAAAAAGUACAAGGGGAGCGUUAACUCUCAGUCACCUGUGCUGAACUUUGAUGAACAAACGAUGCGUAAGGCCAGAAGGAGGCAGUGGGGCGACACCCAGCACAGAGGCUGCUCCAGGAGGAACCUCAGAGUGGAUUUCGCAGACAUUGGCUGGAGCGAGUGGGUCAUAGCACCCAAGGCCUUUGAGGCCUACUACUGUGCUGGCACAUGUGGAUUCCCCAUGCCUAAGGUGACGAGGCCGUCCAACCACGCCACCAUCCAGAGCAUAGUCCGUGCCGUCGGGAUCAUCCCUGGAGUUCCUGAGCCCUGCUGUGUCCCAGAAAAGAUGAGUCCUCUGGCUGUGCUCUACCAGGAUGAAUCCAGGAACCCGGUGCUCAAGGUUUACCCCAACAUGUCCGUCCAGUCCUGCUCCUGCAGAUAGGAAGGGGAGGUCAGUGGGGGCAGAGGACGAAACAGGGUGGAUGUGGAGAGAGAAAACAGGACUAAUGGAGACAGAACCAUACCUCUGUUUGUUAAGUGGUUUCUUGAUACUGGGAAACAAGCUCACUUUGGCCGUCGCUAUUCCUCGAGGAACAUAGGCUGUAGAGAAAUCACUUCCAUCUCUUCUGUCCCGCGGCAGCAGACUUGAAGAGACACAUUGUCUGGCGUCUGCCUUAGUGAGAGGAUCGGAGUCACACAUGUAAAGUCAGGGCUCCACAUGUCUAAGCAGCCCUGUUGUUUUGAUUCUGUGUUUGAGAUAAUGUUGAGGAUUUCAUGGACAGGAGCAUUUUUCCCUUUAUCUCAGAAUGUGCUUGCUUUUCAAAAUCGCUCACAGUGAGUUUGUGUUCAUGUUUUCUUUGGACACAAAGGCUAUAAACAAAAGACUUUUACCAGCGUGUCAUCAGGCAGCUUACGUGGUCACUACAGAUGACAGAGAUUAUGAAACAUAUUUCUUGAUUUUUACAUACAGCUGUUCUUACUUUUAAACAAAUCAUACGCCACAUUGUACAUACAUGCAACGUUAAUUUGUUCCAAUAAUGGACGGUUAUUGUACAUUCUUGCUCUAUAUAUCUUCAAAAGGAAAUAUCCAAUGGAUUGUAGAGAGCAUCUGGAAUUCGUUUACACCCGCCAACCCCCUCAUAACACUUCAAGAAUGUUAUAAUGAAACCAGAAAUAUUUUUCUAUUUUGAAUGUGAAACUUGGUUUAAAAUAAUUUGUCAUGGUUACUAGGUUAUGUAUUACUAUAUUUUAGAUGAGAUUGUAUUUUGUACAUGUGUAUUGUUUAAAUUAUGAAAAA